CACUGUGUGCGUGAAAGGAGUGAUGUGGCUCUCGUAGAAAACAGCAAACAGCAGUGAAGGCUCGUUUGAUAAAAAGCCAUGAAAAAGUUGAAUUUUACUUGUUUUGUACAUAGUUUAUGUUUGGUUUUAGUGCUAAUUGCAUCCGGGACCAGCGCGAAAGAAUGUGGCGAUCCGACGUGCAAAACCCCAAUUGGUCGCGGAUAUGCAACAAUCGGGUAUAUGGGUGGUGGAGGUAACAAGAUCAACUUGGGCAAAGGAGAGAAAGUUGAAAUCCUAGCCGCGAACGUCGGCAAAGAUAAGGACUUUUGGGUUCGCAAUUCGAAAGGCAAAGAAGGAUUAGCUAGCAUAAAGAUAGUGCGUGAAAUGGAAAUCAUUGGCCAAAGGAAGGACCGGAUAAUUGUACCGGAUGAAGAGGUGCCAAACCAGCAGCAACAGAAUGUUGUGGUCGACACUGCUAACAUAGAUCCUGCUAAAGCUAGUAAUCAACAGGUUGUUGACGGAACCACAAUCACCACUAGUCCGGAACCACUUUCUCAGUUGCCCGAAGUGACUCCUCCUAAUCCGGUGGAUGCUACUGUCAAUACUCCGGAAUUGGUGACUGAUCAAGGAACUACGAUUGUUUAUGAACAGAAAUCAACAGAAAGUCUUCCACAACAACCGGAAUUAAAAACUGACCCGGUCGAGGUUAAUUCUUUAGAACCAGAAGCUCCUCAAACCGGCAGUUCUAACGCAAAUGAGCAAGAAGCAGAAGAUGCUAGUAAAGCGACGAGCAGUUCGCCAACGGAAGACGUGAGCUCCGAAAAAUUGAAUGAAAAUGUAGAAGACACUGAAGACGAGAAUGAAGAGGAUGAUUCUGAGGAUGAGGAAGAAGAUGACGAGAAUGAGGAGGAGGAAGAAGAGGAAAAUAUAGAAAACAACGGGGAUGAUACCCUAACAGAUGGAGAAAAACCUAAAAACAAUUCCGUUGAGCUUCCCACUACCGAAUCCGAUUCGACUUUAGGGAUAGGUGAUCCAGUUACUGAAAAGGCAGGAACUGGUAACGUGCCUGAUCAAACUGAGUCACUCACUCCAAGUGAUAACUUGGAAAAUAAAAAAAUACCGGAGGAAAAGACGACUUCGGGGGUAGGUGAUGAUAUUAAAACCGAAGAAUCUAUAACGAAGGAGGAACCAUCGAAAAAUUCUGAUACUACAAAUCCGACUAUUGUUGAAGCAGAAGAAAGCUCGAACAUGAAAAAUGAGGAAGAACGUGAAUUAAACACGAUUAAUAUUGUAGAAAAUGAAAUCAACAAGGAAGCGAAUAUUGAUCUGCGGGUGGAAAUUCCUGUGACGGAGAUUCCAGAACCUCUGAUAGAAGCAUUGCCCUCUCCAACUGAUGAAGUUGUCAAACCGAUUAUAGCAGGAGGUUUGAGUGGAUUAUUAUCUCAUCAUCAUCAUCAUCAUCACCAUGGCCAUGGUCAUGGUCAUCAUCACCACGAUCAUGGACACCACGCUCAUCAUCACCACCACCAUAAUCAUGACGCAGGACACGACCAUCAGAACAUACACCAGCAAAUAGGGGAAGUUACAGCUCAACAAUCAUCAGAUAAUCAAAUCCUACCGCCCCAAGAACCGACGGCCAAUGUCGUACAGCACAGUCACGAGCCACCAUUUUUGGGUAAUCAAGAUCAGUUUUCCAACUCUAGACCAAAUCCAGAAGCUCUACAGGAACAUGACCCCACAAAAAUGGAGAACGAGUUCUGUGACCAGCAAGCCUGUCCUCCACCGAAUCCUGCGCACGAUUCCUCUCGACAGCAGGCAUCAAAUGGUGGUGGAUUCCAUCAUCCGAUGGUCAGCGGACAGCAAGCUUUUGAUUUUAUGGCGACUUAUCAAGAACAGCAGCACCGUGAAGACUACGAUCAUCAAUCAGCUCUACCACCUUUGGAUGAUGGAGAAGAUCAGGAUCUCGACUACACCAAACUGAUCGUAACCCAGCUGAUUCAGUUAAGCGACAUAAUUUUGCUGCUAGGAAUAACCUCUUUUACGUUGAUAGUGUUUUCGCUUGGUCACUAUUUGAUUAACAAGAAUCGGAAGGAAAAGCCGCUUAUAUAUAAGCUCAACAUGGUGGAACGCGACCUAAUGGCUUCGCACAAGGAAAACGCAAUGCUAAAAGCGGACCUCGGAGAAACUAAACACAAACUCACCAGCAUCGAAAAUAAUUCGUUCGGUUCUAAUGACAUGGUGAUAGCGCUUCGACAGGAGCUGGAAGACGCUGAACAAACCAAGCUAGAGCUACAGGAACAGAUCGGCUCUCUUGAAAAGGAACUAGAAAACGCAGCCGAGGCUGGGUUGGAACUUAACAAAAUGGUAGCUGAGCUACUUAAUCAAAGCGGCAGCGACUCGAUAGCGUUGACCGUAGACGAACUGCAGAAACAGCUCAACGAACAGCAACAAACUAUAAUGUCCAUGAACAACACUCUUGCCGAGAAGAGUCGAGAAAAUAGCGAGCUGCAAGUGACGUUAGCUAAUCAGACGGGUAAAUUUAAAGAAGACCAAGAUCACCUUCAGCAAGCGUUCAAUGACCUGAAGCUCGAGAAGAACAAUAUGGAAAUUGAGCUGAACAAUAUGAGGAGUGGCCAAAACAGUCAGUUGGAAGCAAUGCAAAAGGAAAGUUCAACGGAAAUAGGGAAACUAAACAAAGAAGUCAAAUCUUUCCAAUCCAAAUGGGAAGAAUCGAAAAAAUCAUUGCUUGCCGCGGAGGCAAAGAUUGAAGCUUUGGAAGAAUGUAUACAGGAUAUCAAGAAGGGUAAAGCAAGCGGAAGUGUGGAUGGUAUAAUCGAUUCCGCCGAGAUGAAGGCAAAGAUUGCUGUUUUGAACAAGGAAAAGGCUAACCUGGAGGAUCGUUUGAAAGGAGAAAUUGUUGCUCGACAAUUGCUAGAUGACCACGUAAAAAUGAUCAACGAGGAUAUUUCAACGCUUAAGAAAGAGUUCAGUCAGGCAGAAAAGGACAAGUUGGAAGCUGAAACGAGAUUAGAGGUUCUCUCAACAUACUUCAAAGAUAAGGAAACUCAACUGCAAAAAGAACUGAGUAUAAAGGAAGCCAUGUGGAUGCAACAGCAGGGUGAAACUACAAGCACAGUUGAACGGAUUCGCCAAAUGCAGGACGAGAUUCAACAGCUAAAAUCGCAAAACGACAAACUGCGGGUAGAGAUCGAUGCGCAGACGGUCGCGCACAAGGCGCAAUAUACGGCCCUGGAGACGCGCUCUCACGAAGCUUGGUUGGCCGCCCGGCAGGCCGAACGCCGGUUGGAGGAAUCACGAGUGGAAUCCAGCAACCUUCGACGUAAGCUUACCGCCCUCGGUGAUAUAUCCGUCAACAAUACAUCGACCGAUGGCAUAAUGGCUAAUGUGGUCCCACCUCCUGCCGAUCUGGGUCUCACGGCUCCAUCUCCUAUUCGAGUGGAGUCCCCCAAUGCACCGAUGAUGGCUCUACCGCCUCCGCCUUUCAUGCCACCUCCGUUCGGGCCGCCAUUUAUGCCACCGUUUAUACCUCCUCCAAAUCCGGGAGAAAUGCGCCCUGCUCCGUUAGGACGGCUCAUGUCUCCCCCUCCGAAUCGAUACAGUCCCAGUAUGAUGGAAAAUCGCGGAAAUGAUCGCUACAGCCCCGAUCGUGGCCGGUAUUCCCCGGACAGCCGAUACGAUUAUUCCGUCAUGUCGAACUACGAAACGGAAACCGAUUUCAGUCCUCCGCCAUCGCCCCCGCCCCACUCACGGCGUUCUAACUACGAUCGAGACCCACGAGACCGGGAUCAUCAUCAUCGAGAUCACGAACUACGUGAUAGAGAUCGGGACGUACGGGAUCGAGAUGGUCGAACCAGUGGCAAUGGGGGAGAUCGAAGUACCGGCAGCGGCGGAGGAUAUCCGAAAGCUUUCUCGCCGCCCAGUAUGAGGACCACCUCACCACCAAUCCAGGACCCUCGGAACAAAAAAUAUCAAGGUGGUUUCAGUUCCGGUUCCCAGGACUCUGUUUCAACCCGGAAGAGUGGUAAGCAGCAACAACAGUUCCGGAACAGUAAACCGCCGGUGUGAACAUGUUUUCCCGAAAUAGUGUUGUUGACACGGAGACUAAACGAAUGGUUUAGUAGCCUUUUUACCAUAACGGUUAUAGUUUGAUUUUUUUUUCUUGGAUUGUGUGAAUGAGAAUCGUGUAACAUAUUUUAUGUGCAAUUUAAACAUUGUAUGUGCCAGUGGAAUCAUAGAAGAAUUUUUGUUUGCAUUUUAUAUGAUGUUAAUACGUCGUACAUUGAAUUACUUUCUUUUCUUUGUGGAAAUAGUCACUCCAGUGAAACGAGAACUUUCACUUAAAACAGUGUUUAUCUUUGAAUAAUCUUUUGAGAAAUGGUAAAAAAUACACUUCAGUAUCCAA